CUCGUCGUCCUCGCCUCCAACUUCUCCGUCUCAAGUCGUCUCACACCUCGCAUCCCAUCGCAUCGCACCGCGCAAAGCCACCCAAACCCUAACCCUCGCGCCCCCCGAGUGGGCUUCGCCGCCGGCAUGUCGGCCAGGCUGCUCCGGCGAGUGCUCCAGGAGCGGGAGACCGCCCCGCUGGACCCCGCCGCCGCCGAGGUCGAGCAGGAGGAGGAGGAGGAGGCCUCACCUCCCCGUGUCGCCGCCAGGAACCCCUUCGAUCUCCUCGACGAAGAAGAAGAGGAAGAGAAGGAAGAUGAAGUGUAUUCUGAGGAACCAGUGAGUUACACGGAACAGAAACAUUCUGUAAACAAGAAGCCUAGUAAUGUUGUUUCAGAAACAAACAACAAGAAAUCAAAGAAAAAGAAGAAAAAGAGCAAGGCAGACACACAAGCGUCAACAAAAUCAAGGGAUGAAAAGUCACUGGAUUCAAUUCUGGAAGAUUUAUCUAUUGAAAAGAAGCCCAUGCAACAAAGAAUGAAUCGAAAUGAAAGAGCAUCUGGGAAGGAGAUUGAGACAAAUGAAACCACACCUGGGACAUCAUCUAUUCUCUCAAUUGAUCCCAAACAUCUAAAAGCUGAAAAUGAGAUGAGGCGCAUUUUUGGAUCAAAGGUAGUGGAUUCACUUGAAAAUCAACGGAAUGUGCCUAGCAGUUCAAGGCCAGUACGGGGUGCUAGGCGUGUUGCCCACAAUCCAAGAAAAACCCUUCUUGUUACUCCAUCUAGCUACUGGCCACCAUGGGAUAAAUCAAUGUCAAUGGAUCUUGUUGAAACGAAGAGUGAUUUCAACUAUUUCAGGUACAUAUAUGAUCCUUCUGCCAGCCACGUGCAAGAAUUGUUUGCAGUUGCCAAAUCUGCAAAUGAUCUCAAUUCUAUUGCAGCUAUAUUAGGAAAAUAUCCUUAUCAUCCAGAAUCAUUGUUAACAUUUGCCGAUCUUUUCAAAUAUUCUGGAGAACAUCAGUCAUCAGCAGAUGCGGUUGAGAAGUGUCUAUUUGCACUGGAGUGUGGUUGGCAUCCAUUGUUUAGCCCAUUGCAGGGAAACUGCCAGUUGAAAUAUAGCCAUGAUACAAACAAACCAUUCUUUACUGCGCUUUUUAGUCACAUGAAAAACUUGGAUAGACGGGGCUGCCAUCGAUCUGCUUUAGAGGUCUGCAAGUUCCUUUUGUCACUGGAUUCUGAUGAUCCAAAGGGUGCUCUAUUCUGCAUUGAUUACUUUGCUCUAAGAUCACAACAGUACAAAUGGUUGGAACAGUUUGCAGAAGAGUACCAGUGUGAUAACUCCCUGUGGUUAUUCCCUAAUUUUUCAUUUUCCCUAGCCAUUUCACGGUUCUAUGUUGAGCGUGAUGAAGCAAAUGGGGAGGCUUCUGACCAUUCCGACAAGUCAACAUCUGUUGAUCUUAUGAAGCAAGCCUUGAUGCUUCAUCCUUUGGUGUUGCGCAAGAUUGUUGACAAGGCUCCUUUGAAAGACUCAUCAUGGACCCAAAUACUCAGGAAUGUGUUCUUUGGCUCAGCAAAGCCAGGAAGCCCUUCCCUUGAGCAUAUGAUUAACAUAUAUGUUGAACGCCAUUACAUCAUAUGGAGGUUCCCAGAACUGCAGAAUUUACUCAAAGAUGCUGCCCUUUUGGUGAUUGAAUCACUAAAGCAAGAUAACAGAGAGGCCCAGGACUGGGCAUGUAUUAGAAAAGCGGCAUUCUCUUCAGAUAAGAAUGAGUACUCUCAUCUUCUUGUUUCGGACUUCUCUGACACAACACCAUCACUCCCCCCUGAAGAAUUGCGGCCAUUUAUGGUUGCUCCUGGAAUGGUGCAUGAGAUGCCACCAGGUGAACAAGAAGUGGGGGCUGAGAUCAGGGCCCGUGCCCCCCGUGAAGUUGCAGGGCGCAAUGCUGCGUUGGUCUUCCUGGAAUCACUACUCCCGUGGGUUGACUACGGUGACAAUCAUCAGGACGCAAAUGGCCAAAACAAUGAUGACUAAUUGAACCCAAAGCACCAAGUUGCAUGGAUGGAUAGUUGGUACAACAAGACUUGAUUGCACCCGGGUGUUUUUCCUAUGUCUAUGAUGAUUAACACAAAUCGCUGUCAAUCAUUUGUAUCACCUUCAGCAACAAUCAUCAGAAACUAGUGCUCUAAUACUUUUGGUCUCGGCAUACAUGUAUAGCUGAUCCGCCAAAAUCUAAAUCGCUGCAACAAGUCAAUUUUGGGUCUGGAAUCAUGAAGUUCAAUGUGUCAAUUUCUGCAA